CCGCCCGGCCGCUGUCACCUUCCGGCCCCGCGGCGGCCCCGCCUCUUCUCCCGACUUCCUUUCCCGGGGCGCGCGGCUGGGCGGUGGCGGCGGCGGCGGUGGCCUGCGUUCGCGGACCCGGAGCGGAGGACCGGCGGGGGCAGCCCUGCGGACCCAGCAUGAGUGAAGUUCCCUGCAGGAAACGUGAUGACUACCUGGAAUGGCCUGAGUAUUUCAUGGCAGUGGCCUUCUUAUCGGCACAGAGAAGCAAAGAUCCAAAUUCGCAGGUCGGAGCCUGCAUCGUGAACGCAGAGAACAAGAUUGUUGGCAUCGGGUAUAAUGGAAUGCCAAAUGGGUGCAGCGAUGACGUGUUGCCUUGGAGAAGGACGGCAGAGAGAAAGCUGGAUACCAAGUACCCUUACGUGUGCCACGCCGAGCUGAAUGCCAUCAUGAACAAAAACUCGGCCGACGUGAAAGGCUGUACUAUGUACGUUGCCUUGUUUCCCUGUAAUGAAUGUGCUAAGCUCAUCAUCCAGGCAGGUAUCAAAGAAGUUAUUUUCAUAUCUGAUAAGUACCACGAUAGCGAUGAGACCACAGCCGCGAGGCUCCUGUUUGAUAUGGCUGGGGUGGCCUUCAGGAAAUUCACACCAAAGUGCAGCAAGAUUGUCAUUGACUUUGAUUCAAUUAACAGCAGACCGAGCCAGAAGCUUCAGUGAGUUACAUCUCAUUAAAUCUCCAAAAGAUUGGGAUUAUCCUCUCCUAAGAAGCUGCUAAUGCCUUCCAUCUUGAAGUUACACAUAACUGUUUAAUGGUCAAGUGCAGCAAAAGUAGACAUCUAAAGAAUAUAAAGCCUCAAAUCUUCCUGUCUCUCUUGUCACGUGGAAUCUGCAUCUGUUUAAACUAUUGAUUUAGGGUUUAAAGUAAAGAAGCCUGUAGAUGGCCUGUCGCACAGGGCAGGAGUGGCCUCUCGCUCCGUGUCCUGGUUUGCUUAGGACGCUGGUGGCUCCCCUGCAUUUCACAGCUGGUCCUCGCCGCUACAGGUGCUGGAAGGACAAAUAAAUAAUUGUUGUCGUGUUCCUGGCAGGAUGAUCAGACACACUGACUUGAACACCUGGCCCCAAUGAAGCAGAACAUGUAGUGCCCUUGGGAAAAAAAAAAAAAAAAAAGACAAAAAUAGGACCCACAUGACGGCAGCUAAUGCGGAAGAUUUGCUUCAGGGAGUUGAAACCCCCUCCACCCACCCAAAAACCCUAGGCAGGAUAGCACAUCUGUCCUGAGAAAUGCUGAGCACACCUGAGCGGGGGACACUUCCUCCGCUUCUGCUGUCCUGCAGCCCGCGGUGUAAUGGCACAUUCUUCUUGGGGGGGUGGGGACUCCUGUUCUUGUUUCUUAAUUUCAGUGUGUUCAUCACGCAGCGCUCUUACAUUAGCUUCUCUGAACAAUGAGUUGUUCCUGGAGGAGACAGCCUGUCUCCCCUCUUCGCCCCCGAGACCGCGCCUGCUGGGGCAUCAGGGUUGUGGGGACCGAGGCGGUGCACGCACCAGCUUCCUCCAUCCUGUGGGAAGAGUCUCUGCGCCCCCACGUGCCAACAAGGUUCAUGGCCAAGGCUGCUCUCCAACCGGGGAAUAAAUGAUUUCCCACCCUGUAAGUGAGAUGGGAGGAAAUCCAGCCUGCCUCCAGUCGGUUUAUAGUCCAGAUCUGCUGGUAACGGGAGCUCCUCUGUGCUCCUGGCUCCUGGCCGCCGAGCCUCCAGCAGCACACCUCCCCAGUGUCUUCCCAGACUCGGGGGCGUGGCUGGCCUUGGGGGCGUGGCUGUGCACCUUGUCUUUACUCUCCUUUAGAUUUUAUUAAACACACUUGGUAGCUUUGUUGAGAAAAAUGGGUUCUUUAUCCUGGAGAUUAUUACCGUUUUCAAGCGCUCUUGUGUUCUCAUGAGUUUUUGUUUUGUCUCUGAGGUUUUGUACUCUGUAUUCCAGGAUGUCUUUGUAACUUGGCUCCUUACCAAUAUUAUUAAAAUCUUAUUAAAAUCCA